AUGUCUGAAAACUCUACAUCUCAUGGGUCGACAUCCGGGUCGGCCCUCAUCGGCUCGCCACCAACAAGCAAUAUUGACUACUGGAUUGUGAAAGGAAUGCUGCGGGCUGUCCAUAUGGAUGGAAAAUUCGACGCCGAUAAGGGCUACAACCUUCUCCCCAAACGUCCGGAAGGCUACCAGUAUGAAGAGAAGAGAACAAGCAUCAUCGCCGGGAUGUCUGUCUGCAUCUUUGUCAUGGCCACCGUGACAGUUGCUCGUUUGGCCCUACGGCUCUUUCGCACUGGUUUACGCUGGGGUGCUGAUGACUGGAUGCUGAUUCCCGGAGCUAUCAUGGCCAUUGCCUAUCCGGCCAUUCAAAUCGCCAUGGUUACUCACGGAGGAGGAGGACAGCAUACCUGGGACGUCACUUACGAGGAGUACAACGUUUUCAACUGGCUCGGCGUGGUCUGCAAGAUCCUCUUCUUCACCUCCGUCGGCCUCAUCAAGCUCAGCAUCACCCUCUUCAACCGGCGGCUGACGAGCAUGACGUCGCCCGUUUGGCGUUACCUCAACGACUUCUUCCUCUUCUUGCUGACGGCCUACACGCUGCUGGCACUCUUCUGGACCUGCUUCCAAUGCAACCCGCCGGCGGCCAUGUGGGACAAGGUGUACUCAGGCAAGCUGGCGACGACGCCGACGUGCUGGAGCACGGCCGUUAUCUCUAAUGUGCUCAGCAUAAUCCACGUCGUUAUGGACUUCUGCCUGCUGAUGACGCCCAUCAUCAUCCUGUGGAAGAUCAAGCUGCCCAUCAAGACGAAGAUCCGCCUCUACUUCGUCUUCUCCACCGGCGCCGUCUCGGCCAUCGGCAGUGUGCUGCGCCAGCUCGCUCAGGAGAAGAUCUCGCUGGAUGUAACCUGGGGCUACACCGGCAUUCUCACCUGGACCCUCGUCGACCUGACCUUCGGGCUGCUCACCGCCUCCCUCCCCGUCCUCGUCGGGCUCCUGCCUACCGCCUGGCGUUCCGUCUCGAAUCGGUCGCGUUCGCGCUCACGACCCGGCGCCACCACCGAUGUCGGUCGCGGCUACCUUUCCGGAACCACUGCCGCUGGACGCAGUCGUGCCACCGACGAUGCAGCAGCAAUGCAUGCAGUGGGGAGCAACGGCCGGCCCAGCGACGAGGGUGGAAUCCUGGUCCAGGAGGAGUUUGAGCUGACGUAUCAGGAUAUCAAGCCGAACAAGGUCGAUGAGGAGAGCAGCGUGGAGUCUGGGAGGCCGAAGAGAUGA